CAGUGCACACGGGACAGUCCUUCAUUCUGCUGGAGGAUACACACACACACACACACAUACACACACUCGCACACACACACUCACACACAUGUACACACACACACACACUGCAAAGGACAUGGCACAAUGUGUGGUACUGGACGGACCUGCACCGUGGGGCUUCCGGCUGAUUGGAGGAAAAGAUUUCAACCAACCCCUUACUAUCGGCAAGAUAUCUCCAGGAAGCAAGGCCUCCAUGGUAGACCUCUCUCCUGGUGACCUUAUCCUGGCUAUAGAUGGCGUCUCCACCAGCAACAUGAUGCACUGUGAGGCUCAGACUCGCAUGAAGCAGGCCACACGCCAGCUCAGCUUAACCAUCCAGAGGCCAAAAAUCAGACUGUGGUCACCUCGAGUCAGAGAAGAAGACAGAGUGCAUCCAUUUAAAAUGAACCUGGAGGCAGAGAGGCAGGAUUACAAACCAAUAGGCACAGGCCAUAACCGGCGGGCGGCACCUUUUGUGGCAGCAGCCAACAUUGACGACAAGCGACAGGUGGUCAGCUCCGCCUACAACUCUCCCAUUGGUCUGUAUUCUUCUGGUAAUAUCCAGGACGCCUUACAUGGUCAGCUCAGGGGCCUAAUACACAGCAAGCCGGAGAGUCCCAAGAGGCUCACAUCUAUAGAAGAAUCAGACGUGUAUCGCAUGCUACAGAAGGAAGAGGGAGAGCAGGAGCCUCAUGAACCCCGCCAAUCAGGAUCCUUCAAAGCCUUACAGGACUACAUCAACAAUGAAGGAACAAUUCCACUCGUGACGAAGGCGGUGCAAGCUCCCAUCACUAAACCUCUCUCACCUGGGGGAAACCUGCACAAACUGCCCAUGUGUGACAAGUGUGGUAACGGCAUAGUUGGGAUGGUGGUGAAAGUUCACGAUAAGUAUCGGCACCCUGGCUGUUUCGUCUGCUCGGACUGUGAGGAGAACCUGAAGCAAAAAGGUUACUUCUUCAUAGACGAUGAGCUCUACUGCGAAACUCAUGCACAUGCUCAUGGAAAACCUCCUGAAAGUCCAGACCUGUAGAUACUUCACACACACACACACACACACACUUUACAUCUGAAAUAUUAUUAAAAAAAUUAUACUCACUUAUAUUUGCACUCAUUUAGAGAUACACAACCAGGGUGAUUUACUGAGGAAACACAACAAGGUCUUGAUUGUAUUGAACAUCACUUUGUUUGUGUGGUUUGAAAUGUGUUUACACUGUGCUUUACACAUACUGUAGGAAUAAGCUAUUUUGGCUAAAUAUUUCAAUAAAAUGAAACUUACCACUGUG